UGUGCGUAGUACCGUGGAGCGCUUACUUCGAAAAAUGUGCUGCCAUGUGUAAUUCCUUGAAAUGACAGAUAUUUGGAGUUAAGUUUAAACCUGAGUAACAAUCCUGCCUCGAGCAUGUCUAUAGCUGUGGGAACUAGCUCUCUUGGUUCUAUGGUAACUCCGGAAGCGCUGGAAAACGCCGCCAAAGAAGUUGAUCGGCAACUAGCUGCAGAUCGACAGUUUCCUGAGCUGUCGGAGCUGAUCAACGCUUCCCAGCAAAUUCAGACAACCUUCAGUGGAAUAAAUGACUUUGAUUAUCCAUCAUUAUCAUCACCAUCUGUUGGCCUGGCUGGUUUGGAGCUGGUCAGUCUGCUUAAAAGAGUUCCCCUCCCAGCAGAGCUGAUGGAACAGUUUAAUUACAUGCAGUGUAAUUGUAUGAUGGGUCUCUUUCCUGAGAUAAGAAGAGCAUGGCUCACCAUUGAUAGUAAUAUUUAUGUUUGGAAUUAUGAAGAUGGGAGUGAUUCUGCUUAUUUUGAUGGAUUGGAUGAAACUAUUUUGUGUGCAGGAUUAGUGAAAGCUAAGCCAGAGAUCUUUAAAGAUGAAGUGAGAUACAUCUUGUGCCUUACAACUCCUGUUGAUAUUGUUCUUCUAGCUGUAACAUUUACAUCAAAGAAGUUAGGAAGCUUUAGCCAUGAUGAGUUUUCAGAGAUGCAUCUUCAUCCCAAUCCAGUGUUUUCUAUCCCUUCUGAUAAUAUUUACAUGACUUGUAUCACUGGAACUCAGUCAGGAAGAAUAUUUAUGGGUGGAAAAGAUGGCUGUGUUUAUGAAGUAGCUUAUCAGGCUGCUGCUGGUUGGUUGCCAUGGAGAAAUUGCCGGAAAAUAAAUCAUUCUUCAGGAACCUUAUCUUUCCUUGUUCCAUCAUUUUUAAGUUCUACUUUCAGUGGUGAAGAUGCCAUUGCACAAUUAGCAGUUGACAAUACAAGAAACACACUUUAUGCACGGUCAGAAAAAGGAACUAUUCAGGUGUUUGAUCUUGGUGCUGAUGGCCAAAGUAUGGACUAUGUUGCAUCAUUAACUCAGGACAAAAUCACACACAAAGCAGAGUCUGCUGCAAGAACCAAUGAUCGCAAUCUUUUUAAACCAAUUGUGCACAUUGCACCUAUAGCAAAGCAUGAAUCAAAAGGUGUUCAUUUGGUUGCAAUCACUCAUGCUGGUGUGCGACUUUACUUUUCCACAACAAAUAUCAGAACACCACUGGAAAGACCAACCAAACUGCAACUUGUUCACAUAAGACUUCCACCAGGUUUUGCACCAUCUGCAACUUCACAGAAGCCUUCAAAAGUACAUGCAGCUUUUUACCGACAAGGAAUCUCACUCAUGGCUGCUUCUCAAACUGAAGAUAUGGAUGUUCUUUGGGGAAUCAGUCCUGAUUCAUUUCCCUUUCAGACACCACUUAAGGAAAUGCAGGUGACAGUGCCUAUGGAUGGACGAACUUGGUCUUUAAGUGAAGUUCCUGAAUUUGGAAAUAACAUGCUUAGUCAUUGUCCCAUUGUCAGAGACCAGUGGAUGGAGCCACCUGCUGUCGUCAGGCAGCAUGCAUCCCCUCGGAGAUCAUAUGUUGCUCUAAGUUCUCAGGGAAGUUAUCUGUUUACAACGUAUCGUCCAGUGGAACAGCUGCAACAGUUAUUGAUACAGAGUCAGGGUUUUGACUCUGACUCUGUACAUGCUUUUUUCAAAUGUUAUAAGGAAGACCAGGCUUGUGCAACAUGUCUUGUUAUAGCUUGCUCAACUCAGACUUCCCAACAACAAAUUGCUGAAUGGGCCACAAGAGCUUUCUUCAAAUAUGGAGAAUCAGUGUCACACCACCCCUCCCAAGCUGGUACACCCGGUAAUCCUGCUGAGCCAAGCAUCACCCAGGGAGGUAGCUAUGUAGCUUCCCCAGGAGUCAGACAAGGAUUCAACAGUCCAGGGGUUGUGACAUCAACACCUCACCCUGGUGGUGUGGGGCAGGCAGUGGUCAGAGCUGAGGUGAUAAGAUCCAGCAAAUAUGAUGGACUGUGCAUGUACUUUGCACGAAUCCUUGAAAUGGUUUGGGAUGCAAGAUUAGUGUUUGAAGAUUUCUUGGUUCCUCAUCUUUCAGAGCCUCAACAGCAUGUUCCAGUUUUACGGAGUGUGCUUAAUGUUGACCAACUUGGAUGGAUUUUGGGAAAACUACGACAGCUUCAAACAUGGAUGGAGCAGAAUUUCAGGUUCUUGCUUCCAGACAGGGAAGGGGGUUUUCCUGGAGUAACAAUGAGUGGUACGCAGCCAUUUCUCCAACAAACUCAUCCGGGUUCAAAUGAAACAAUCAAUCCAGAGAAAAACUUUGUGAUAAAUUUCAAGUCACUUGUAGACCGGUCAGUGGAGACUCUCAGUCUGUGGCAAGUUCUUAAUGAACACAACAUUGAAGAUGUCAUACUUCAUCUUGAUACUACAAUAAGGGAUCGUUUAAAGCAUGUCAAGUUUAGAGACCUGGCAACUAAGGGGCAGGAGAUCUGCAGUGCCCUCAUUGCAUCAUUGAUCAACUGUUAUCUGGAUGACGGCACCUCUACAGAUAUUAUCAGUGAGAAGUUGAGGGAGGUCUGUCCACAUUUAUUCAGCAAUGAUGAUGCAGUGUCUUCAAAGGCUGGUGAACUUUUAAUGCUGGCUAAACAAAGUAAAGACAAAGCAGAACAAGAAAGUAUUCUUAAAGAUGCUCUCCGUCGUUAUCGACAAGUGACCCAUCAGAUCAACCUGGAAUUGAUUUGUUCUUUGUUUGAAUCAGUGAGAUUCUAUGAUGGAGUUGUGGAGUUAUCUUUGUAUGCUGCGCUAAAACGAGAUCCCCAGGGAAUGGCUUUACACUUCUACAGGAAUGGAGAGCCACAUGGUGAUAUGCAAGGACGGGAAGCGUUUAUUGCCAGACAACAGUGCUACAAGUGCAUUCUGGACUGUCUCCAACGUCUUCUUGUCAUCAAAACAACUCCUUCUCAAUCACCCGGACUACCCUCACGACCAGGGCCUCCUCCGGCCCCAGACCCCAGUGCUCUGACACCGCAUGAUGCUGAAAAGCAUAUGGAAGAUGUGUUAUCAUCUUCAUUGUCUUACGGGGAUGAAUUAUGGCAUGUUGUUUUGUAUCAAUGGUUGAUUGACAAUGGACUGACUGAAAGGCUGUUGGAGAUCAAAUCUCCGCACUUGGAGGUGUUUCUGAGGCGAUCAUCGUCACAGGAUCAGCCAAAUGAAUUAAAGAUGUUGGACUUGUUGUGGAAACAUUAUGAAAAGACAAAGAAUUACUCUGCUGCUGCAAGAAUCCUUUCUAAACUCUCUGAAAAACAAAGUCCUGGUGUAACACUAGAGUUAAGAUUAGAAUACCUGGCUCGUGCCAUUAUGAGCGCCAAGAGCUGUAAUUUACGAACCGCCGGGAGUGGCGACGGGGAAUUCUUACACGGGUUAGAAGAGAAGCUGGAAGUUGCCCGCAUCCAGAUGCAAGUCUAUCAAGCUCUUGUAAGAAUUAACUCUGCUAAUCCAUCCAGGCGGAUAGACCAAGCUUUGAUUGGAUUGAAUUCUCAGCUCUUUGAUGUCACCAAACUGUACGGAGAUUUUGCUGAUGAGUUUGAUCUGUCUGAGUGUAAACUCGCCAUCGUUCACUGUGCUGGACAUUACGACCCAACCUUGAUUGAGACGCUCUGGAGGGACAUCAUAGAAGCCGAGCUCCGUGACUCACUUCAGAAUCCACCUAGUGAUCGCAUGGCAAUUGUCAGUAAAAAGAUUGCUUACUUAGGAAAGGUUUAUGUCCAUUCUGAGCGGUACUUUCCAUUGGGGGCAAUAAUCCUUAUGCUGGAAAAGAAGAGCGCCGAGUUGGUCUGGGACCCAACCUGGGUGUUUAUGACUAUGUUAGAGAUGGGUAUUCCAUUCCCCGUGUUACACGCCAUUUAUGACAAACUGUUCAAAGCCAAGGAUCAGUGUUGGCGAACGCAAGACAAGCCUCUUCACAUCCUUGAAGUUAUAUAUCAUUUAUUUAUGAAAUUUGUAAACACGCCCACCAUUUCUCCCCCUCACGAGAGACGAAAAAUAGCAAUUGCACUGUACGACGCAUGCGCCACGUAUCUGGUGGAACUACAGUCCAGUCUGUCACGUGACCCAAGUGUGCAAAACACGCUGGACAAAUUUCAAGGAUUGCAGAAGUGUCUAAAGCGUCUUUUGCACUGAAUGACGUUAAGUCGACCGGAAAUCGUGCAGAUUUAUUUUUAAAUCUUGGCCAAGUUCUUUCAAACAGCUGUGACAGGGAGUCUUCAAGCCUGUUUCUGGGUAGUAUUUAGGCUUACAAGCUAUUUUUAAAUCAUCAGUAUGUUGUAAAUAAAAGUUUAGGUGAAGUCUUCGUAAUGAA